GGACGGGCAGCCAGCCAGUGAGCGCGCUCAGCCACCCUAGCAACUGUGGCCAGCCAAUGGCUGGGCGGAGCGGGGCUGAGAGCUGUCAGGCAUCAGGGGCCGCGGGGCCAGCAGCCCUCCAAGGACUGCGGGGCCAGCGCGGCGCUGGGCUUCUCUGCCGCCGCAUCUGAGCUGUCCCGCGGGCUGGGCAUGGGCGCAGGCGUCGGUGCGGCACGAUGAGCACCGGGGGCAGCCCGGUCCGCGCCUAUGAUUUCCUGCUCAAGUUCCUGCUGGUGGGCGACAGCGACGUGGGCAAGGGCGAGAUCCUGGCGAGCCUGCAGGACGGUGCGGCCGAGUCCCCGUACGGCCACCCCGCGGGCAUCGACUACAAGACCACCACCAUCCUGCUGGACGGCCGGCGGGUGAAGCUGCAGCUCUGGGAUACGUCGGGUCAGGGAAGAUUUUGUACCAUAUUCCGCUCCUACUCUCGGGGCGCACAGGGGGUGAUCCUGGUCUACGACAUCGCAAACCGCUGGUCCUUUGAUGGCAUCGACCGGUGGAUUAAGGAGAUCAAUGAGCACGCCCCGGGGGUCCCUAAAAUCCUGGUGGGGAACCGCCUGCACCUGGCCUUCAAGCGGCAGGUCCCCACGGAACAGGCCCAGGCCUAUGCGGAGCGCCUGGGUGUGACAUUCUUCGAGGUCAGCCCGCUGUGCAAUUUCAACAUCACUGAGUCCUUUAUGGAGCUGGCCAGGAUCGUGCUGCUGCGGCAUGGGAUGGACCGGCUCUGGAGGCCAAGCAAGGGUGAUGAAAGCAGGACCAUCCAUCUCCAAUCACUGCACGUGGGCACAGGGUUUUCUUUUCUUUCCCAAGUACUGAGCUUGCAGGAGCUGUGCUGCCGGGCAGUGGUGUCCUGCACGCCCGUGCACCUGGUGGACAGGCUGCCGCUGCCCACGGCCCUCAGGAGCCACCUCAAGUCCUUCUCAAUGGCCAGCGGCCUGAAUGCCAGGGUGAUGCACGGCCACCCCUGUUCCCUCACCACCAGCUCCGGCCACAAGAGGACCAGCCUCCGAAAAGCGAAGGCCGCCCACCUUCCCCAGAGCCCCCCAAGACACUGCACCAGAAACAGCUGCAAAGUCUCCUGAGGAGGGCGCGAGGCAGAGGAGUGGCACGGGUGGGAGGCAGGAGGCCGCUCUGGAUGCAGACACCCGCCAAUGUCACGGUGACCACGCGGCCCUGAGCAAUGAAACUGCGGCCGGUACCCCGCUUACCUGACACGUCUGUGUGGACAGGCGUGGGGCUCUUGUUUCAGACAUGUGUUUAUAAAGGGACGCCCUUCUCUCGGUAACAUGGAAUUUUGAAUGCUACUUAGAUCAUGAUUGCAGUGCAAUUUUUUUCUUAAAAUAACUGCUUUUUAUAAGAAUGGUGACAUGCGUGUGAUGAGUAUAAAUUCUAGAGAAUGAAAAGCAAGGAUAGAGAGAGAAAUUAGAGUCUUUGACAUUACGCAGGGCCUUUUUGUAAACCUCCUUUUUAAUGUCAAAGCACUAAUUUAUAAAACGCCACAGAUAAGUUAGAGUUUAGGCACAACAGAUCUGUCCAGCUUGUGUAUGAAACGGAUUUGAUCAAGUUUUUGCUAUGUUAUUUACUACGUUUUGGGAUUAAUAAGUGAUUUAUAUGCAUAUUUUUCUGUAAAUCUACAUUUUUUUGUACAAGAUGUUCCAUGAAUUAUGAAGCUAAGGGAAGAAAAUGCCAAAGAUAUCUCUAGUUACAGCGAACAUAGCACAGCACGGUUACACCAGGUCCAGAUCGGCAAGAAAAUGUCACUCAAAGCCUGAAGUUUCAGCUAAGAGUGAAGUGAACACUGUUGUUUAAGAAAAUGUUUCUCAACAAUAAAAAGUAUACUUGCUUCUUGGUA